CCCGGCCCGAGUUUGAACAGCUCAAAAGCCCGCGGCUCAGCCCGCCCAUUGACAAGCCCUAGCUUUAUCACCCUCCCUCUUUCUAUUCACCUUGUUUUACUUCAGUUCCAUCUUUCAAUCGUAUCAGGUCUCCAAACGCUUCUCUUUCCAUCAUCAGGCACUUUCAGGUUUGCAAAUUACCCUACACUUAGUAUGAAGACUAAAAACUCAGAAACUACAAAACCAACCCCUACAAAGAAGACACCACCAUCAAAGAAAGAAUCCGUUAAGAAAACUCCCAAAACGAAAUCCGAAUCCACGCCGAAGGCUUCUGCUCCUGCAACUACUGUAACUCCUCCAUCCAAGAAUACUGCGAAGAAAUCAACACCGGAAACCGCUCAGAAGUCCAAAGCGGAAGAAACUGCGAGUGCUUUAAAAGAAGCUACUCCGGCGGCUGAAAACAAAUCCACGGAGAAGAAAACAGUCAGGAAAACCAAAUCUCCCUCCGCGGUGAAAACCGCAGGUGAAGAUGUCUCUUCUUUGAAGAAAGAAGCUCUGACGGUAGAAGAACCUGGCGCAACAAAGGAGGAAGAAAAUGCUGCAAAGGAGGAAGAAAAUGAUGGACUGGUGGCCGUUGAAGUUAUGAAAGAGCCUGAAAAUAAUGCGGAGCAGGUUGAAGAAGAUCCUGCAGAGGAACCCGAAAGCGGGAUUGGUGAUGAGAUAGUGGAGUAUGGAGAGCGGGAGAGAUUUGAAGAGCCUGGCGAUGAAGAGUUCAUGGAAGAUGAUGUGUCAGAGCCGGAUAGAGAAGAAGAAGAAGUCAGGGCGAUGGACGAGGAGCAGAUGCAGAUGUCGGAUGCCAUCAAGGAACGAAAGCAGAACAAAGAGCUGGAGAUAUUUGUAGGAGGUUUGGAUCGAGAUGCCAAUGAGGAUGACGUGAAGAAGGCCUUUGAGAAGGUCGGAGAAAUUGUCGAAGUCCGGCUGCUUAGGAAUCCCCUGACGAAUAAGAACAAGGGGUUUGCGUUCGUGAAGUUUGCUACUAAGGAGCAGGCGGACCGUGCUCUAUCAGAAUUAAAAUCACCUGUUAUACGUGGGAAGCAGUGUGGCACCGCUCCGAGUGAGGACAAUGAUACGCUGUUCUUGGGCAACAUUUGCAAUACAUGGACAAAAGAGGCUAUCAGACAAAAGCUGAAGGAGUACGGAGUUGAUGAUGUUGAAAAUAUUACUUUAGUGGGUGAUGCUAAAAAUGAAGGGUUAAGCCGUGGUUUCGCGUUUCUCGAAUUUGCUUGCCAUGCAGAUGCAAUGGUUGCGUACAAGCGGCUCCAGAAGCCUGAUGUUAUUUUUGGCCAUCCUGAGAGGACUGCAAAAGUGGCCUUUGCGGAGCCAUUACGUGAUCCCGACCCAGAGAUUAUGGCCCAGGUUAAAUCAGUGUUCGUGGAUGGCCUGCCGCCGUAUUGGGAUGAAGAUCGCGUGAAGGAGCAGUUUAAGGAUUAUGGGGAGAUUGAGCGUGUUGUGUUGGCCCGGAACAUGGCGACUGCCAAGCGCAAGGAUUUUGGGUUUGUUGACUUCACAACCCACAAAGCUGCUAUUGCUUGCAUUGAAGGGGUAAAUAGCACAGAGCUGGAUGAUGGAAAGACAAAGACAAGAGCAAAGGCUCGACUUGCAAAUCCUUUGCCCAAAACUCAGGCAGUUAAGGGUGGAAUGCGAGGUGGGUUUCGGAUUGGGCGCUCUGGUGGUGGUUACUCUAGGUUUGGGAGAGGAUUUGGUCGGGGUGGGCAUCCUUCUAACAGGGGGAGCUUUCAACGUGGCAGGGGUCCUCCACAUCCACGUGGCCGUGGUCGAACUGGAAGGCUUUCUUUUCCAGAUGGCGAUGAUCUGGAAAGCUCACAGCCCAAGUUUCGCGGAAAACGUCCUUUUGGUGGGCGAGGAGGAAGAAGGGGUUCUUUUGGGAGGAGCUUUGGGGAGUCUAGUGAUGAAAUUGUACGACGGGGUGCUACUUCAAGGUUUGAUCUGGAUAGGCCCAUGCAUGGUGCAUUCGGCAGAGGCCGUGGGAAGCCUUUCCAGUUUAGGAAUCAUCCUUUUUCUCCAGAAGAAGAUUUUGGCAGACCAUUUGGUAGGGGACACUUUGAAGAUGACUCUUAUUUGCAUGAUGGCAGUGGGCAUGGUGUAAAGCGACCAUUUUCUAUGAUGGACCAUGAAUCUGGUUACUAUGAGCCUGCGAGCAGAUUACGCCCUCGCUAUGAUUAUCCUGAUCCACUAGCUCGUGAAACACAUUACGGAGAUACUUUGGGAACUGGUGGUGGUCUUUAUUCGCAUGAUUACUAUGGUUCAGAUUAUGGUGGCAGUUCAUUUUCGUCUUUUUAUGGGAGUCAACGCUCAAUGGGGCGUGGGUACUACUAUUAGACCAAGCUUUCGGUAACAUCAAAUACUUCACCUUGUCUUGCAGAUGCGGGCAUGGUAUUGCAGAAUUAUUGGCUCACCAUUUGAGAAGGCAAACAUAAUUGGCUCUAAUCGCGGUCCUUGCGGUUUGGUUAACAAAUGAAUUUCUGCUGGCUGCUUAUGCUGAAUUAUUUUGUGUCUGGUCUAGGUUUUAUCUUAUAUAGGAACUUUCCAGAUAGGCAUAUGCUUGUUGUAGAGGCUAAGCCAAUAAAGAUUUUGAAGAGGUUUCACUGGAUAACCAUUGCAUGGUAGACUUCUCAAGUAUUUGUUUGUCCAUGGAAUUAAUCAAAUGGGGACAUCCAAAUAGGGAAUGUUAAAAUCAA